UGCUAAUCUGCGGCUUGUGUUCUGCAAACACUCUUUUUGCAAUUUCAUAGAACCCACUUUACAUUUCUUUAAAAAAAAAAAAAAAAAAACUAGAUCAUACGGUAUUUUCCUUCGACAAAGAGGGGGAGUUUCGAGUCUUAGCAUCCUUUUUCUGUUUCCGUACAUCUAACUUGUUGCGGCACAGUUUGUUGCCUGGUUGCCUGCCACUUGUUUGCAAUCGAUUGUUUUGGCCUGAAUUCAAGUUUUACUUUGUUUUCAGGGAAAAAAAACGAAGAAAUCAAAAGGAGACUCGGUUGUUGUUGCUACUCCUUUGCCAGCUGUGUUGGGAGGGCAAAGCGAGCGUUGCAAAAGGAAAAGAUGACUAAUCUAUGGAUUUCAUUUUGCGGGUGUUCAGACAGUACUGACAGGAACUGUAAUUCAGAUUUGAUUUGCAUCACAAAUCCAUCUUCGUGUAUGAAUCAUGUUCUGAUCAUUUGUUUCGACUUAGUGCUCCUCGUAAUGUUACUCCUCAACAUGUUUUACAAGUCACCAUUGAGAUCCAGUGGUAUAUCAUCUUGCUUUCAAAGAAAAUUAGGUUUGCAGUUAGUUUCCAUGAUCUUUAAUGGUUUACUGGGAACUCUGUACCUAUGUUUGGGCAUUUGGACGUUGAAGACCGUAAUAAGCACAAAACACACUGUUCUUCCUUUGCAUCAAUGGAUACUUUUCUUGUUGCAUGGAUUAACAUGGUUAACAGUCUCACUAACAGUGAGUCUGUUAGGAACACGGUUUUCAAUAACGCUCCUUCGGCUUCUGUCAAUAGCUGCCUUUCUAUUUUCUGGGAUUUUCGGCAUUUUAUCUAUGGUAUCUUCGAUUGAUAAUAAAAGGGUGUCAAUCAAGAUAGCUCUGGAUUUAACAUCUCUCCUGGGAGCAGCAUUGUUAUUGGCAUGCACAUAUAAGGGCUACAACUAUGAAGAAACUGAUGAGAGAGACCUUUAUACCCCUCUAAACAGUGAGAGUAAAGCCAUCAAAGUAGAUUAUAAUGACAGUCUUACCCCUCUUUCGAGGGCGGGAUUUCUCAAUGUAAUGUCGUUUUGGUGGUUAAAUCCGUUGAUGAAAACGGGCAGUGAGAAGACUCUCGAAGAAAAAGAUAUGCCCAAAUUGUGCAUUGAAGAUAGAGCAGAAUCAUGCUAUUUGAAUUUUGUGGACCAGUUAAAUAACCGGAAACAUUUGCAUCCAUCAAUUUUGAAAGCAAUAGUGAUGUGCAAUUCGAGAGAGCUUUUAAUAUCUGGAUUCUUCGCGUUGAUGAAAAUAAUUACAGUUUCUGCAGGCCCUCUUUUUCUCAAAGCUUUCAUAAGGGUAGCGGAGGGCGAUGAAAGUUUUAAUGGCGAGGGAUACGUGUUAGCGAUAUCACUUUUCUUUGUUAAAGUAUUUGAGUCGUUGUCACAACGACAAUGGGAUUUUAGGAGUAGACUUAUUGGUAUAAGAGUCAGAUCCUUACUUACAGCAGCAAUAUAUAAAAAACAACUGAAUUUAUCUAAUGCUGCUAAAAUUACACAUUCGGCUGGUGAGAUUAUGAAUUUUGCAACUGUGGAUGCUUAUAGAAUCGGGGAAUUUCCUUACUGGUUGCAUCAAAGUUGGACAACCGCUCUCCAGCUUUUACUUGCACUCUUGAUUCUUUUACAAGCUGUUGGUUUGGCUACAUUUGCAGCUUUGGGAGUCAUCAUAUUGUCGGUCCUUUGCAAUAUGCCACUUGCUAAACUACAACACAAGUUUCAGUCAAAGCUAAUGGUUGCCCAAGAUGAACGGCUUAAAGCAGUCUCUGAGGCACUUGUGAAUAUGAAAGUUUUGAAGCUUUAUGCAUGGGAAAUUCAUUUUAAGGGUGUGAUUGAAAAACUUAGGGAGAUUGAGUUUAAAUGGUUAACAGCUGUUCAGCUUCGAAGAGCUUAUAAUAGCUUUCUUUUUUGGUCUUCACCUCUUUUGGUCUCAACCGCUACUUUUGGGGCUUGUUAUUUUAUCGGGAUUCCAUUAAAUGCGAGCAAUGUUUUCACAUUUGUGGCAACUUUACGAUUGGUUCAAGAUCCCAUUAGAACCAUCCCUGAUGUUAUUGGGGCAUUUAUUCAAGCAAAAGUAGCUUUUUCCAGAAUCUUGAAUUUUCUGGAAGCACCUGAGCUGGAGAGUGCUCAUGUGAGACAGAAGGUGAGCAAGGAUGGCUUGGAUUACAAUAUUUUUAUUGAUUCGGCGAGUCUUUCUUGGGAUGGGAAUCUGUUGAAGCCUACUCUACGGAACAUUAAUUUACGGGCUCGAUUGGGUCAAAAGAUAGCUAUCUGUGGAGAGGUAGGAUCGGGCAAGUCCACACUUUUGGCUGCAAUUCUUGGAGAGGUUCCGAUAAUCGAAGGAGGAAGUCUUCGAGUAUAUGGGAGCAUUGCAUAUGUUUCUCAGUCUGCUUGGAUUCAAACAGGAAGUAUACGUGACAAUAUUUUGUUCGGGUCUGAGAUGGAUGAUCAAAGAUACCAAGAAACACUCAAGAAGUGUUCUUUGGUGAAGGAUCUUGAGCUGCUACCAUAUGCUGAUCUUACAGAAAUAGGAGAAAGAGGCGUUAAUCUCAGUGGUGGACAAAAGCAACGAAUUCAACUUGCUCGUGCUUUAUAUCAAGAUGCUGAUAUCUAUUUGUUGGAUGAUCCAUUUAGUGCUGUGGACGCACAUACUGCUUCGAGCUUAUUUAAUGAAUAUGUUAUGGAAGCGCUUUUCAGGAAGACGGUUUUGCUUGUAACUCACCAAGUUGAUUUCCUUCCUGCAUUUGAUUCUGUUCUGCUAAUGUCAGAAGGGGAAAUCCUAGCAGCUGCACCUUACAAUCAACUAAUGGCAUCAUGUCAAGAAUUUCAAGAUUUAGUGAACGCACACAAAGAAACCGCAGGCUCCGAAAGACUUGCAGAGGUUACUUCUUCCACAAGGCACAUACCUUCAAUAAAGGACAAUAAAAACACUCAGACCGCCAAAAUAUCCGAAAGCUCAGAUAACGACCAACUGAUCAAAAAAGAAGAAAGGGAAGAAGGUGACACAGGUUUUAGACCUUACGUACAAUAUUUGAAUCAAAAUAAAGGCAAUGUGUUCUUCUCCAUUGCUGUAUUUUCACAAGUUGCCUUUGUGUUAUGUAACGUGUCUCAAAACUCAUGGCUGGCUGCAAAUGUGGAUAAUGAUGAUGUCAGCACUCUGAAAUUAAUUCUGGUUUAUUUAGCUCUCGGAGUUGUAGCAAUCGUGUUUCUGCUUGUUAGAUCACUCUUCACAGUUGCAUUGGGGCUACAGUCAUCCAAAUCUAUAUUUUCACAGCUGCUAAUCUCUCUAUUUCGUGUGCCUAUGUCGUUUUACGAUUCAACCCCUUUGGGUAGGGUGCUAAGCAGGGUCUCGGUUGAUUUGAGUAUUAUUGAUCUUGAUAUUCCGUUCUAUUUCAUGUUUCUUCUAGCUGCCACGACAAAUUUCUGUAUGAACACAGGGGUGUUGGUCUUUGUUACCUGGCAAGUCUUGUUUGUCUCUAUACCACUGUUCUACGUGGCACUUCGUCUGCAGAGGUUCUAUUUCUCAUCUGCAAAAAUGCUGAUGCGGAUCAAUGGGACAACGAAAUCAUUGGUGGCAAACCAUCUGGCUGAAUCAGUGGCAGGAUCCAUGAUAAUAAGAGCUUUUCAACAAGAAGACCGAUUCUUUGCCAAAAAUCUUGAAGUUGUUGACAUAAAUGCAAGUCCUUACUUGCAUAGUUUUGCUGCAAACAAUUGGUUGAUCCAACGGCUCGAAACAAUCAGUGCAACCGUCUUAUCAGCUUCCGGACUCUGCAUGGUGUUGCUUCCGCCUGGAACUUUCAGUUCUGGUUUUAUUGGAAUGGCAAUAUCUUAUGGGCUGUCUUUAAACAUGUCACUUGUUAUGUCAAUUCAACACCAAUGCACUUUAGCAAACUAUAUAAUCUCAUUCGAAAGGGUCAAGCAGUACAUGCAUUUACCGAGCGAAGCUCCUUUAGUGAUUGAAGAGAAUCGGCCCCCUGCUAACUGGCCAAACACGGGUAAAAUCGAUAUCCAAGACUUACAGAUUAGGUACCGACCCGAUGCACCUCUUGUUCUCCGUGGGAUCACUUGUACGUUUCAAGGAGGACACAAGAUUGGUAUAGUUGGCAGGACGGGCAGUGGAAAGACUACACUCAUUGGUGCUCUAUUUCGAUUGGUGGAGCCCGCUGGCGGUAAUAUUGUUGUUGAUGGGAUAGACAUUUCUACAAUUGGACUUCAUGAUUUGAGGUCACGAUUUGGCGUUAUACCUCAAGAUCCUACACUUUUCAACGGAACGGUUAGAUACAACUUGGACCCCUUAUGUCAACACACAGAUCAGGAAAUAUGGGAGGUUCUUGGGAAGUGUCAGCUUAGUGAGGCUGUUCAGGACAAAACAGGCGGGCUGGAUUCAAUAGUGGUGGAAAAUGGAACAAACUGGAGCAUGGGGCAACGCCAGUUGUUUUGCUUGGGGCGUGCGUUGUUAAGGAGAAGCAAAAUUUUGGUGCUGGAUGAAGCAACUGCAUCGGUUGACAAUGCUACAGACACAAUGUUACAAGAAACCAUCAGAUCGGAGUUUGCUGACUGCACCGUCAUCACAGUGGCUCAUCGCAUACCAACUGUGAUGGACUGCACCAUGGUUCUAACCAUGAGCGAUGGAAAAAUCACAGAGUAUGAUGAACCAAUGAAGCUGAUGAAAAGAGAUGAUUCAUUGUUUGGACAGCUUGUUAAGGAAUAUUGGUCACACUCUCAAUCUACAGAAAUUCUUUAAACUUCAAAUUCAAGAUUUAACUACCUAUAAUCCUCCUGUUAUACAUACGAGAAUAAAACGUAAUGUUUAAUGAUUUUAUUAUCACACUUCUUUUAUCAUUACAUCUAAGUUUUGAUUCUUUUUUUUAUUACUUUGUCAGUCUUUAUUCACAAAAACCGAAUUCAGGUUUAUUGGUUUGUAAAAUGAUAAAAAUGUUAUUGACCGACUAGCUGGAUAUCGGUCUUUUAAAAGUCAA